UGUGCUAUUACCGAUGGCUUCAGUAUUUUGUGUUAUUAAUUUUCUUCACGAAAAAAUCUAUUAUCGGAAUUAAGUCAAUCAAAAGAAGUUUCCGGAUGAAUUAAAAAAAAAACAUUUACCAAUCAAGAGAGAGAAACAUAUCUGAAGUUGAACAAUAAAAAUGUGUAAUGUUUUAUUUGUGCGAUGAAAAAAUAUGUUCAAAGUGUCUUAUACCUUGUAGAAAAUUGCAGUGAACUAUUUAAUUGAAACUAUUUUGUGUUGUGCAAAUGGUUGUUGGUGUUGAUGCAGGCAGACAACUUUUUUGGUGUUCACACAUUUUUGUUAUUAACAACCUUAUCGACACUUGGCAAAAAACGAUAAUGUGGUUAUUACCACAAAUAUGCGGGCUAUUGAAACCAGAUUGGAACAUUAACAUUUAAAGCGCAAACCAAGAAAUGAAUCAAGUGUCAUUAGUGGGACAGUGAAUACUUCGUUCUCACUUGCAAUUCGAUCAAAACUUACAGAAAAAACAUGAAAUAUUAAUCGACACCUCACAAAAAACUUUGAGUGUAACGCAAUCUACAGAUAGGUAUUGUGAGCAGAAAAACUACCAAAAAAUUAAUAUCAUUCGGUUUGAAUAAUACACAAUAAACAGUAACCCGAACUGCUUACUAUUCAAAAUAAAAACCAGUAAUCCGGAAAGUGAAUGCAAGUUUACUGAAUAUUUGAAUGUUUUAAAACAACUUUUCACCUUUCUUUGAGUAUCAAGCGAAUCGACUAGAUAGAAUACGGUGAAAUGUAAAACAUUGUGUGCUGUGGCUAUUUUUAAAAAUUUGAAUUCUAUUAAUUUAGAUUUCACAACAUUAUUAUUGAUUAAGGUCAUUCGGUUUGGUGUCAUUUAAGUAAUACAAAAGCAAUAAUGACAAUCCAUUGCAUUCAAUAAAAUACGAACUUGAUUUUGUGUUUGGGCAGAAAGCGUUAGCAAAACAACGCAAAACACUUGAUUUGACUGAUCGAACAUUUUGACUUAAUCCUUCAUCGAAGAUUUUUAAUCAGUGAUCAUUUUAAGGCUAAUUUGUUAAGUUGAUGCAGAUACCAUUUUGUAAAACGACGCAAAAUGUCAAUGUGACUAUGAAAAUAAUCUUUAAAAAAUUGUGGAUUUUUAUUCAAUGGAAAAAAAACCUCGCAUAAACAUUGAAUAUCAUCAAUGAUAGUGGUAUAACAUAACAAUCAGCGAUCAAGAACGGAUAUCGAUUUCCGUACAAUUCAUUAUAACAACAAAACGACCAUCAUCGUCAAAAUGUCGAAAUGAUCAUUUUUGAUGUAACAUCCAUUAAUGAUUGUAACUAUAAAUCGUUUAACACAAUAAUAGACACGGAAAAUCUAAACAAUCGCCGCCACCGCCGCCGCCAAGAAUGGUUGAAUGUCAGUAGAACGCAAAAAAGAAACAGUUCUUAAAAUAAACCCAUAAGACUAUAAAGAACCUAACGAGGAGGUGCAAAGAAAAAGAAGAAAAAAACCAUAGAGAACAAAAUCAACCUGUGAACUUCUCAAUAAAGAGAAUCGAAACAAUAGCAAAGAGAGACAGCAACAAACAGACAAGAUGUGUACAAAAAAUCAGAUAAACAUUUUAAUGGAGAAAUUGAACGUGGGUCUUCCCAGUUGUCCCGUCAAUUUAGAAGCGCUCCGAUCACAUUUACCAUAUUUGGGUUAUUGUCUGAAUUUUUCGGAUGAUAAAAACGACCAACGUUCUGAUGACGACAAUAACACAAAUAACAACAAUAUAAUUAGUGAUUUAUAUGGCAAUCAGAAGGAUCAGUUUGCGCCAAAUUUAACGCCAUUACAUCGUUUCUAUCGAGAACAACAACAACGUAAAAAGAUGCCGGGAUUUAGAGGCCGUCGCGGUCUGUGCGGUUGCUUUCAGGAUGAUGAACCGCCUGAAAUUUGUGUGGUUGAAGGUGCGUUUACAUUACAAACGCUUACACCGACUCAGCCAAUGCCAUCGAUCGAAGAGCUUGACGCCAAGUUUGCAGAACUCGUAGAGGAAUUGGAUUUGACCGCACCAAAUAAAGCGGCAAUGCUUAGUUUGCCGCCACAAAAGAAAUGGCAAAUUUAUUGUUCACGAAAAAGUCCCAUUGACAGCACUGACGGUACGGAGGUUUCGCGGACUUCACCGCCCACUCCAGAGCAUUACAUUGAACGAUUGAAGGAUAUUGCAAAACAAUUCCAAUCACGACCGGAUGAAUCUCCAUGCCAUGAAUAUAAUUUUAAAAUUGAAUCACAUACAGCAUUCUUGGAUGCACUAAAAACAGCAUUACGUACAUCAGCGCAUAGUUUUGUAUUACGCUUCGUGGAAUUGAAUGGUUUGUCUGCGUUGUUGGACAUUUUACGACUACUUGAUAUCCGCGUUGCAAACAGUCCGAUGCACAGCAGCUUGAUCCAAUGCUUAAAGGCAUUGAUGAAUAACUCUACUGGUCGGGCACAUGUCCUAUCGCAUCCGACAAGCAUCAAUAUUAUUGCACAAUCAUUGGCCGCUGAGAAUAUAAAAACGAAAAUUGCCGCACUGGAAAUAUUGGGAGCGGUGUGUUUGGUGCCCGGCGGACACAAAAAGGUUUUAAUGGCGAUGUUACACUUUCAACAGUAUGCCGCCGAACGAACACGUUUCCAAAGUAUUAUCAACGAUUUGGAUCGAUCGACUGGCGCCUAUCGUGACGAUGUUAACCUUAAAACAGCAAUCAUGUCAUUUAUCAAUGCUGUUUUAAAUUAUGGUCCAGGACAAGAGAAUUUGGAAUUUCGUUUGCAUUUGCGUUAUGAAUUUUUAAUGUUGGGCUUACAACCAGUUAUUGACAAAUUACGACAACAUGAAAAUGAAACAUUAGAUCGGCAUUUGGAUUUCUUUGAAAUGGUUCGAAAUGAAGACGAAAAGGAACUUGCACGCAAAUUCAAUUCGGAACAUGUUGACACGAAAAGUGCUGAAAAGAUGUUUGAUCUAUUGCGUCGCAAAUUGAGUCAUUCGUCAGCUUAUGCACAUUUGUUGUCGUUGCUACAACACAUGCUACUGCUUCCAUUCACGGGAUCCAAUACACAACAUUGGUUGAUAUUCGAUCGUGUGGUACAGCAAAUUAUUUUGCAAAAUAAUGAACGACCCACCAGUGAUAUUAUCGAUCCGGACAAUGUAUCGAUGGAGAAAACAAUCCAAGAUCCUGACCACAGUAUCAUUGAGAUUGAUGUGAAAAAAAUCGUUCAAUUGCUAGUCAAAGAAGAAGAAUUGGUUGCUGCACGCACCAAAGCCGACGAAUUGGAAAAGGAAAAUUUGGAUAUGCAAUCAAAAUUGGCCAAAAAGGAACAAGAGUUUGACUUGCGUAUGCAGGAGAAAGAAGAUUUAGAGACUAGUCUAGCACGAAUGCGUGAACGAUUGGAAAAGGAAAGUGCAAAUCAUUCGCAAACAGUGCAACGUGCAUUAAAUGCUGAAAUGAAAAUCGAAGAUUUACAGCAUAAAUUUUCACAAGAACAACACGAGCGAAUUCGAUUGGAACGAUUGGUAUCUGAAGGCAGUAUACCAGACGACCAAAAGAUUUCAGGCUUAAGUGGAACCACAAAUGGUUUGACACCAGCAACACCAUCACCAAAAUCAUCAAUGCCUAGUCCAGUUCCACCGCCACCACCCCCACCAUUGGUUAUGCCACCACCACCUCCACCAGUACCGAAAGCUCCAGCGAUGCCAGCUGCUCCAGCACUCGCCCGAACUGAAUCAAUCAAAAAGAAUGUGCCACAGCCAAGCAAUCCCCUCAAAUCGUUUAACUGGUCGAAAUUGCCGGAUGCCAAGGUUCAAGGGACUAUUUGGAGUGAAUUGGACGAUAGCAAAUUGUAUACAAACAUUGAACUCGAAAAUAUUGACAAACUUUUCUGUGCUUACCAAAAGAAUGGCGUACCAAACGAUGGAUCAGUGGAAGAUUUACGUUUGAUGGGUAAGGGACGCGCUAAGAUCUUAUCGGUUAUUGAUGGUCGCCGUGCACAAAAUUGCACAAUUCUAUUGAGUAAAUUGAAAAUGUCGGACGAAGAAAUUUCGAAAGCAAUUCUCUCAAUGGAUACAAAUGAACAAUUGCCAAUUGAUAUGGUUGAACAAUUGUUGAAGUUCACACCAUCGACCGAAGAACGGGCUCUAUUAGAUGAACAUUCAGAAGAUAUCGAUUCAUUGGCUCGUGCCGAUCGAUUCCUUUACGAAAUUUCAAAGAUAACACAUUACGAGCAACGAUUACGUAGUCUUCAUUACAAAAAGCGAUUUAUGAUUGCCGUAAAUGAUUUAAAGCCACGAAUUCAAAGUGUAAUGGAGGCAUCAAGAGAAGUGGCCCGCUCGAGACGCUUGCGUCGUCUGCUCGAAGUGGUGUUGGCCCUUGGCAAUUACAUGAAUCGUGGUGCCAGAGGCAAUGCGUGUGGUUUCCGUUUGGCAUCAUUAAAUCGAUUGGCUGAUACAAAAUCGAGCUCAGCAAAGGGCACAACAUUAUUACAUUAUUUGGUUGAAGUAGUAGAAAAGAAAUUCAAAGAUCUACUGAAAUUGGACGAAGAUAUUCCACAUGUACGUCAAGCGGCCAAAGUGUCAUUGGCUGAAAUGGACAAAGAUAUAUCUCUGCUGCGAAAUGGUUUGGUCGAUGUUGGUCGUGAAAUUGAGUUUAAUCGCAGUGUAGGAACGCCACCAGCCGGUGAUCGUUUCUUACCGGUUAUGCGUGAAUUCCAUGCUCAAGCAUCGGUACGUUUUGCCGAACUCGAAGACAUGUUCCAGGAUAUGAAAACACGAUUUGAUCGGGCUGUACGUUUAUUCGGUGAAGAUGGUUCGGUCAUUCAGCCCGAUGAAUUUUUCGGCAUUUUCGAUUCAUUCCUGACAUCGUUUACGGAAGCUCGUCACGAUAACGAGAACUUCAAAAAACGUCAAGAAGAAGAGGAGAAGCGAGCUAAACAAGAGGCUGAGCUCAAAAAACGUACUAUUGAGCGUAAAAAUAAAGAAGGUCUUCUGUCUUCGGUUGCAAAGAAUUUGGGCUUUAAGAAAGGCGAUUCGAAAACAGCCGUCGACAAUAAAGGCGAGUUCGAUGAUUUGAUUUCAGCACUUCGAACAGGUGACGUGUUUGGUGAGGAUAUGGCAAAAUUUAAGCGAUCACGCAAGACUCGCAUGGGCAAUUCGAAAGAUGCUAGCGGAAGUAAUGCUAAUACAUCACCACCACGUCAUUCGUCUUCGCAUCGCGAAGAGAGUCGAGAACGAACAGUGAUCAACAUAAGACACAACUAAAUGAAACCAUGUAUGGUGGCCGCAUUUAGAGAAGUCAUGAACUCAAGAACAGUUACCAAGCCAAAAGAAGGCGUACAGUAGAAAUGUCCGUUUGCAAUAAUUUAUACAUAGAACAAGAAGCAUUAAUAUAUAUAUAUUUAAUAAAAUAGAUGGUUUUGUUACAUGGAACAAUUUGAAUGCAUAUUUGCACGUCAAUGUUAUUGACAUGGUCAAACGACUGAAUAUUAGAUGUCUAGAAAAGCUAUAUAAAUCGUAGUCUUAACGAAACAAAAAAAAAUCAAAAUUUGAUGAGCAAAAAGAAGCAUUUACAUAUUGAAUCUAGUAUUGUACGAUUAAUAGUAAUUGUAAAUUUUGAAUUAAUCCUCAUUUUGCAUGACCACUUUGAGUUGUUCAUGAGUCAGUUUAGUCUUAUUUUAUUGUAAUAAUUUGUUUAAUCAACACACAUUUUAUUUAAUCAAGCACAUUACUAUUUAAUAACGAAAGCAAGCUAGAAAAAAAAUCUCAAACGAA